CACUAAAAACUCAAAUAACCAUCUCUCAAAGCUCACUACUAUACCCAUUAAUUCACCCCCACAAUGAAGCUCCUAAUCCCAUCUCCUUUACAGUUACUGUUCAUUGUCUCGUUGAUGAUGAACCAUCACCUUUGUAGCGUCUCUUCUGACCCUGUCACCACGAAGAAGAUCAAGAGCGGAAAGAUGGUGUAUGCAUCUAUGCACGAAGAAGUUAGCAGCAACAACAUAGGAAGUCAGGUUCAUCAACACUACUUUGUUGACAACUUCAGAAGCAGGGUUCUAACUACUGUAGAUGGAUCAGAGUCUAUUCAGGCCAUAUCGUGAUCCGGGUAACUACCAACUGUGACAGAGGCUGCAGGUUUCGCCGACGUGGUGCCACAGGAUUGGUAGAUUCGCUCCAUUCCAUUUGCCAAAAAGGAUUUCCUUUCCUUUUCCGACUCGAACUAUGUUAUGAUGCACCACCAUCGCUCUUUCCUUAUUUCCCCUACUUUAAAAUGAGGCUUCCUUCCAUCACCGAUCACUCCAUCAGUGUUCCUAAACACAGUAGUACGAUAAGCUAGGGUUGCGAAGUAGAAGGGGAAAGAAUGGGGAUAGCAAGCCGAAAGUUGAAUCGCCAUCUCACUCUCCAUACUCAAUCCAAAUGAAUCGGGCUUUUACGACGGAUUUGGUCCGAGGAAGGAAUGGGAAGUUGGGAGGUCACCGACUCGGCGAACAAAAAUGACCCUGCAUCCGGCGGCGGUGGGGAGGUCAUUUGAUGCUUCAGCAGAGCAGGGAGUCGGGUCCCAAUCCGGCUGGGAGAAGAACGCUGAGAUUAACGGUGGGGAAGGCGAAGGAGACGAGAUCAAGAAGUUCUACAAUGGGUACCCGCAGGUAAUAACCAUCAACUUUCCAAUCACAUCGAGAUCCCAUUUGUCACUGUGAGCUUCAGAACAAGGUUCACCCUUGCUAGAGCUGCACGCCCUGGUUCAAAUUGAGACUCAGUUCCAUUGAUUUUCGGUUGUAAUAGUAGUAGGAGUAGAAUAGUGGAUUAAACAUUACAGAGUCUGGUAUCUUUCUUGUCCAGCAUUGCAUUCAUCCUUCUCUCUGCUAGUGCGCCUCGAUAUAUAUCUCUUAGAACUGGCCCAUAUCUUCACAAUGUUUGGCUCAAGGUUGACACUUCCCAUCUCAUUACUCUAUGGUUGGUGGUUACUGUUAAGGUUCCAGUAUAAGUCUUCCUUAAAUUAUUUACCCCUUUAAUGCACAAAAGCAUCAGUUCCUUUAAUUUGUUGAUUGACCAGGCGGUCUGCAGUAGCAACACUCUAAUGAUUUAAUGAAAUAUGGGUACCCGUGGGUACCUGUUACCCGUUAAACCGUACGAGUUUGGGACAUGGGAUGGAGUUUUCUCUCCAGAUGGGAAUGGGUACCCGUUUCAAACGGGACGGGUACCCAGUCCCGUCUCGUUGCCCACCCCUAAAUCCCUAUACCGGAACCCAGAAAGCCUCACCUGUUUUUGUGCUUACUUUUCACUUUCGAAUCACUCGUACAACCCCUUAGUGGCCUUAGAUUGUCUUAGUCGAAAAGUCUGCUUAUUCCUCCUGAUCUUGGCUCUAUAUAAACAGUAUUUCUGGAAAUAGGCGUUUGGACCUUCCUUCUUUGAUUUCCUUUUGAAUUUGCCACCUUCCAUCCUGGCAAACCAACAAUUGAUUCUGCGGGAUUGAUUCUCGUUUGAGUUGAUUGCUGAGAUGAUAUUGUGGUGUUGAACUCAACAUCGACCUCAAACACGGCUCCAGUUCUCGUUAGUAACUCUAUGGUUACUCACCAUGAGUAACUAAAUCUCAGCUUUCAUAUUUAAGUGGGCCCAGAAAAACUAGAUCUAAAGAUGGAAAAUUAAAGACAUUUUUAUUU